AUGGCAGUUGAACCGUAUAGACUUACGGCGACCCAAGCGUCAGCCAAGAUAAGGGCCGGGGAGUUGACUGUGGAAGAGUACGCGCGCUCGCUCUUGUCCCAUAUUGAGGAGAGAGACCCCGUAGUCAAAGCUUGGGAGUACUUGAACCCAGAGCAGGUGAUUGCACAAGCGAAGGCAAUGGAUGCGAUACCGCCAGAGAAGCGCGGGCCCCUACACGGCGUUGCCAUCGCAGUCAAAGACGUUAUUUACACAAAGGGUCAGCGAAUAUUAGCCUGCAAAACAACCACGACCGAAUUCGCAGCGACGGUUCAAGGUCCAAAGACAGUGAACCCACACGGCACGAACCGAACCCCCGGUGGCUCCUCGUCAGGAUCAGGCGCCGCCAUUGCGGAUUUCCAAGCGCCUAUCGGCCUAGGCACCCAGACAGGCGGAAGCACGAUCCGCCCAGGAUCUUUCAAUGGCAUCUACGCCCUGAAGCCGACAUGGAACUCCAUCACGCGCGAGGGUCAGAAGAUUUACUCCUUGAUCCUAGAUACCCUCGGUUUCUUCGCCCGCAGUGUUGAAGACCUGCAAUUGAUGGCCGAUGUUUUUGACUUGAAAGACGACGAGCCCCCGAAGGACACCUUCGCUAUCAAGGGCGCCAAGUUCGCUCUGUUGAAGACGAUGGUGUGGCCUCAAGCUGGACCCGGUACCAAGUCCGCGAUGGCGAAGGCUGCGGAGCUUCUCAAGGCUCACGGAGCCGAAGUAGAAGAGAUUGAAUUCGAUCCCGAGCUUGAGGAGCUACCUCAGUGGCAUGCUACGGUGUUGCACAGCGACGGAAGAUCCGCUUUCCUGCCCGACUACCGCGCUGCUAAGGAUCAACUGCACGAGUUCUUGAUUUCGCAUGUUGAUAACACCAACAAGAUCAGCAGAGCGGAGCAGCUAGAGGCAUUCGACAACAUUGCCAUUGCAAGGCCCAAAGUUGACAAGAUGCUGGCCAAGUACGAUGCUGUUCUGGUGCCUAGCGUCGUUGAUGAGGCCCCGGAAGGAACCUCGAGCACCGGAAGCGCAGCUUUCAACGCUCCCUGGACAGCGCUGCAUGUUCCGGUCGUCAACAUUCCAGGUUUCAAGGGUCCCAACGGGAUGCCAGUUGGCGUUUCCCUUGUAGCUCCCAGGUAUCACGACCGUCAUCUCUUGGUGGUCUCCAAGGCGGUCGGCGAGAUCUUUGAGGCGGAGGGAGGCUGGAAGUCUGCUUUGUAA